CUCGCCCGCCGGCUCGCGCCGAGGAAAACGUUGCGCAGGUUCAAAUAUGGAACGUCGGCGGCGUGAGGGAGCGCGAGGGGGUGUGCGCGCGUGCGCGUGCGCGUGCGCGCCCGGCCGAGGGUGACGGGGACCCCGCCGCCGGCCCGAGCAUCGCGCGCCGCAGCCGCGACCCCGCAGCUCCGCCCCCGGCCCGGCCCGGCCCGGCCCGGCCCCGGGCCCGCUCGCCCGCCGCCCCGCAUGGAGCUGUCAGCUAUCGGCGAGCAGGUGUUCGCCGUGGAGAGCAUCCGGAAGAAGCGCGUGCGGAAGGGUAAAGUCGAGUACCUGGUGAAGUGGAAAGGAUGGCCGCCAAAGUACAGCACGUGGGAGCCGGAAGAGCACAUCCUAGACCCUCGCCUGGUCCUGGCCUACGAGGAGAAGGAAGAAAAAGACCGAGCGUCGGGGUACCGGAAGAGAGGCCCGAAGCCCAAGCGCGUCCUGCUGCAGCGGCUGUACAGUAUGGACCUGCGCAGCUCCCGCAAGGCCGCGGGCCCGGAGAAGCUCUGCUUCUCCCUCACGCGCCCGCUCGGCAGCGGGAGCCCCGAGGGGGUGGUCCAGGCGGGGGCGGCGGCGGCGCCCGAGCUGGCGGCGGACAAGGGCCCCCUGGUGCCCGCCCUGCCCUUCCCGCUGCGCACCAACAAGCCGCGCAAGGCCCACAAGUACCUGCGGCUGUCACGCAAGAAGUUCGCGCGGCGCGCGCCCGCCCCGGAGUGUCACAGCCAUCCACCGCAGCUCUUCCUGCAGGAGCCCCCGGCGCCGGACGGCCUGCAGGCGGCCAGCGAGUGGGAGCCUGCCGCGCAGCCCCCCGCGGAUGAGGUGCAUGCGCCCCUCCCCCGCGCCCACCGCCCCCCUGUCUCCCGGGCCGCAGCCGAAGACGCAGACCUGGCCGAGGGGCCCCCUCCCUGGACACCCGCGCUCCCCCCGAGUGAGGUGACCGUCACCGACAUCACCGCCAACUCCGUCACCGUCACCUUCCGCGAGGCCCAGGCCGCCGAGGGCUUCUUCCGGGACCGCGGCGGAGGCGGCGGCGGCGGGAAGUGCUGAACCCCCCUUUUUUUG